CUGAAAAUGCUGCAACAAAUUCAAAACUAAAUCUCAUAUUAUGUAAUGAAGAAAAUAUUAUCGAAAAAAUCAAAGAAGCUCAAUUGAAAUUUGAAAAUUCUUUAAAUGAAGAAAUUGUCAUUGAAGAUAUGUCUGAUGAGAAAUUUUGUUCUGAUUGUAAAACAAGAAAAAGAAGUUAUAUCGACUCUGAUAUAGAAGAUGAAGCAGAACAUAUUAUUCUUCAAGAAGAACUUGAAAAUAAUUAUCAUAAAAUUGAACGAGAAUUAAAUAGUGAAAAAUGGUUUAUAGAUUUAGUAGAAGAAAAAGCGAGAAACAAAUUAAGACAAAAAACUAUUGGAGCAGGAAAAACAACUCUUUCUUCAUUUAUGUCUAAAUAUUUUGAGAAAAAAGGAUUGAAAGUGUUUAUACCAGAAGAGAUUUCACUUAAGAUCAAAGAGGAUUUAGAUCUUUUCUAUUUAAUUAUUGAUACAUACAGAAAGAUGAUAGAAAGUAUUGACUCUGCAACUGAUGAUUAUGAUAUAAUCAUUUUUGAUCGAACUUAUCUUGAUACAGAA